CGAAUCUAACAAGCUGAAAAAAGCCGCGCCUCUAGUGGGAGAACCACCUCAAGCAAGGUUAACACUGAAAUAGUGUGUUGUAUAAAAAGCAAUGCCGGUGGUGAGAAAUGUUUCAGUUUUGGGAUUCGGGUUGUGGUGGAAAUUCGAGAAUAAGAAAAUGAACAAAACUAUUUUAUCCUUCUUUGUAGCCCUUAUAGCAUCAGCAUCUGCUGGAGGCUACGGUCUUUUGGGAGGUAGCAGCGGUUACGACAGAUACGAUUAUGGUGGUCACUACGGAUCGGCUGCCGUAGGUUACGGCGGAUCUUCAUACGGCGGAAAUGGCUAUUAUAACAGACCAAAUUAUGUAGGAGGAUACCCUAGCACCAUUGGAGGAGGUUAUUAUUCGGGUAGCGGAGGAUACGGAUCAAAUCAUGGAGGAUACGGAUCAAAUUACGGAGGAUACGGAUCAAAUUAUGGAGGAUCCGGAUAUGCAGGUCUUGGUAAUGGUUAUGCAGGUUAUGAUGGCUACAGGCCUGGCUACAGUGGUUACUCUGGUAGUGGAUAUCCUGGAUACGGAGGCUACGUACCCGAAAGUUCAUCAGUAGUUGAAAUAGGCAAUAAACACUCUGAAUUUAUGAGUAGCUCUACUUCGAGUUAUGAGUCUAGUACUUCAGGUUAUUCUUCCGGAUAUGGAGGUGUUGGUGGUUACAGAACAAACUAUCUCGGAGGUAGCCCUCAUGGUUACAGAGGCUACGGAUACUCCAGUUAUAAAAAAUAAGAAAUAAAAUUCAAUUUCAGCCAUGUGAUGUAUUAAUUUUAAUGUUAAAAGAAUCUCUUUGAAAGAAAAGUUCAAUAGUAGUUAUGAAUAAAGUAGUGUAG